UUGAUCAGUUUCUCGCUCUCAGUCUCGUUCUGUAACAGAAGCCCCCCCACAUUCUGUGUCGGUUAAUUUUAUUCCCGGGAUCUUUAUUUAUAUCCUCUCCGUAACUUUUCAUUCGAAUCGGAACCGGGAGCGGAGCCCGGAUUCGGUCCGGUGGCAGGGGGGAAUGAGCCGGGACACGGGUAUAUUGUUAUAAAUAAUUGUAUUUAUAUUCAAUGCUAUUGAGAGCUUGGUAGUGACUGACUCGCUGUGAAAGAGGAGGGAUAUCAUGGCCGCUCAGGUCGCCAGCGCCGCCACUCUCAACACUAGCCCGCCUUCCGAACUAAAAAAGCCAGAUCGGGACCCCCAGGAGGAGUCGGUACCGGGGGAAAAGCAGCAUGAAAAUAAGGAACCGGGACCGGAGAGCGGAUCUCCGGGUCAGAAGGAGCUGCAGGACGGGGCCGAUGUAGGAAAUGCAGGGGGAGGAGGCGAUCCUGAGUUGAAGAACGGGAACGGUAAUUCGUCCAGGCUGAAUAACAAUAAUAACCAGAAUGAUUCCGGGGGCUCCGAAGGGAAUAAUCAUCCCGGGAUGGCGCACCACCACCCGGGCGGUUUUCCUCCACCUCCCUACGGAUACAGUCAGCACUACAGCCGGGCCCCUUUUCAUCAACAUGGCGGACAACAAAGCCCUGGCAUGGCAGCUGCGGCGGGGCCGGCAGUGCAGCCGGGCAGCAUGAUGGACUCUUACCAGCCCAAUUCCCACGACCACGGCUUCCCCAACCACCAGUUUAACAACUACAGCCCUUUCCCGAACCGGACUCCCUACCCAGGCCAAGGGUACGCCAUGAAUUCCCCGCGAAAUAACCAGCCUCCGGCGGCUGGGGGGCAGAUAGGCAAGCAACAGCCAGCAGGAGGGACUACAUCUAUGGCCGCCUCUUACAAUAAUCAGAGGUAUAACAUGGGAACCCCGCAACCCACUCCCACCCCGACCCUAAAUCAGCUCUUGACCUCUCCUAGCUCCACAAGGGGCUACCAAAACUACCCACCAAACGACUACAGCAACCAGGAAGGGGCUAACAAGGGACCAGCAGAUAUGGGGAGCAGCAGCCAGUAUGGUGGGGGCCACCAGGGUUGGCAACAAAGGACCCAUCACCCGCCUCCCAUGAGCCCAGGAAAUAGCGGACAACCGCUGAGCAGAAAUCAGCCCGCCAGUCCCAUGGAGCAGAUGGGGAAGAUGCGGGUCCCGCCCUACGGGGCCGGGAACCCUUACUCCCAGCAGCAGCAGCAGCAGGGCCCUCCUCCAGGGGCCCAGCAGGGGGCCUCGUACCCAGGCCAGGGCUACGGCCCGCCCACCCCGCAGAGAUACCCCAUGGGCAUUCAGGGCCGCACGGCGGGGGGCAUGGGGGGCAUACCGUACGGCCAGCAGAUGAACGCCUACGGUCAGCAGAGCCAGGCCUCCUACUACAGCCAGCAGACUCAGCCGCCCCACGGAGGCUCCCAGCAGUCCCCGUACCCGCAGCAGAGCCAGAGUCAGCCAGGCGUGCAGACGCCCUACCCCCAGCAGCCCCCCGGGCCGCACGGCCAGCCGGGGGCACCCUACCCGCAGCCCCAGGGCCCACAGGCCCCACCCCAGGCCCAGCCCCAGGCCCAGCCCCAGCCGCCUUACUCGCAGUCGCAGCCGCCCUACGGCCAGCAGCAGGUCCCUCCCUCUGCCCAGCAGCAGCAGCAGCAGCAGCAGCAGCAGCAGCAGCAGCAGCAGGCCCCACAGAGCUCGCAGGGCCCCCAGGCCCAGCCCAGCUACCCACCACCUCAGGGCCCCCCCCAGCAGCAGCAGCAGCAGCAGCAGCAGCAGCAGCAGCCGUCAGCCUCCCAGCAGCAGCCCCCCCAGCCGCCGCAGCAGUCGGGCCCGCCCCCGGCGCAGUCCCAGCAGGGCCAGGGCCACGCCCCGCCCCCGCAGAGCCAGCCCGCCCCCUACUCGCAGACUCCGCCUCUGCAGCAGCAGCAGUUCCAGCGCUUCCCCCCUCCUCCUCAGGAGCUGUCCCAGGACUCCUUCAGCUCGCAGCCCAGCGCUCCUCCUUCCAGCCAGCCUAUGGCUUCCAGCAAGAGCGGCCCAGAGGAUGGGCUGCAGGGCCGGCCUUCCAGCCUCCCCGAUCUGUCGGGCUCCAUCGACGACCUGCCCACGGGCACAGAGGGCGCUCUGAGCCCGGGCGUCAGCACCUCGGGCGUGUCCAGCAGCCAGGGCGAGCAGAGCAACCCGGCGCAGUCGCCCUUCUCGCCCCACACCUCGCCUCACCUCCCGGGCAUCCGGGGGCCCUCGCCCUCCCCUGUGGGGUCCCCCGCCAGCGUCACGCAGUCCCGCUCAGGACCGCUGUCCCCCAACGCAGUGCCAGGGAACCAGAUGCCCCCCAGGCCGCCGAGCGUGCAGUCCGAUGGAGUCCUGCACUCCUCCAUGAACCAGUCCACCAUGGGCCAGGACAGAGUGUUCAUGCGGAACCCUCAGAUGGCCCCGUACGGCUCCCCCCAGCCAGGCUCCGCCUUAUCCCCGCGCCAGUCCUCAGGAGGCCAGAUGCAUGCUGGGAUGGGGCCUUAUCAGCAGAACAACUCCAUGGGCAGCUACGGGCCGCAGGGCGGGCAGUACGGGCCUCAGGGUUACCCCCGACAGCCCAGCUACAGCGGCAUGCCCAACGCCAGCUACCCGGGCCCGGGCAUGGGCGGGGCCAUGAACCCCAUGCCCGGGCAGGGAGGGGGGCCGCCGUACUCCGGGAUGCCCCCGGGCAGGAUGGGGCCCGGCCAGAUGGGCGCCCGCCCCUACGGGCCCAACAUGGGCCCCAACAUGGGGCCUAACAUGGGCCCCAACAUGGGCCCCAACAUGGGCAGCAUGCCCCCGCAGGUGGGCUCAGGGAUGUGCCCUCCCCCGGGCAGCAUGAACAGGAAGGCCCAGGAGGUGGCGGCGGCCGCCAUGCAGCAUGCCUCCACCAACUCCAUGCACAACAGGCCACCUGGCUACCCCAUGUCGCAAGGCAUGAUGGGAACUGGUGCCCCGUACGCACCAACCAUGAACAGCAUGCCAGGGAUGAUGACCCCUCAGCAAGCACCGUACCCUAUGGCCAACAAUACUGCGGGGAUGUGUCCUGGUCCAGAGUUUGGUCUAGACGUCAAAAUGAACCAGGCUCAGAAGAUGAACAAUAAAACAGAUGGGACCCCCAAACCAGAUUCCAAAAAGAAGUCCAACUCUUCCACCACCACCAACGAGAAGAUCACGCGCCUGUAUGAGCUGGGCCCCGAGCCGGAGAGGAAGAUGUGGGUGGACCGCUACCUGGCAUUCGCCGAGGAGAAAGCCAUGGGCAUGACCAACCUGCCCGCCGUGGGGCGCAAGCCGCUGGACCUCUUCCGCCUCUACGUGUCCGUCAAGGAGAUCGGCGGCCUCACACAGGUAAACAAGAAUAAGAAGUGGCGGGAGCUGGCCACCAACCUGAACGUGGGCACCUCGAGCAGCGCGGCCAGCUCGCUGAAGAAGCAGUACAUCCAGUGUCUGUACGCCUUCGAGUGCAAGAUCGAGCGGGGCGAGGACCCGCCCCCGGACUUCUUCAGCUCCGACGCCAAAAAGAACCAGCCCAAGAUCCAGCCGCCCUCUCCAGCUGGCUCCGGGUCCCUGCAGGGUCCGCAGACGCCCCAGUCCACCACCAGCUCCAUGGCGGAGGGGGGAGACCUGAAGCCCCCCACCCCGGCCUCCACCCCACACAGCCAGAUGCCCCCCAUGCCUGGGGUCAGGAGCAGUGUGAGUCUGCAGGACCCGUUUGCCGACAGCAGCGACCCCGCCUUCCCCAGGCGAAACUCCAUGACCCCGAACUCAGGCUACCAACCGGGGAUGGGCACCCCCGACGCCAUGAGCCGCAUGGGCCCCUAUGAACCGAACAAGGACCCCUUCAGUGCCAUGCGGAAAGCGGGAGAGCAGUUCAUGUCCCCGGGUCAGGGCUCCAGCGGUGGGAUGGGGGAGCAGUACAGCCGAGGGCCCCCAGGGGCCAUGGGAAACAUGUCUCUGGGCCAGAGACAGCAGUACCCCUACGGGCCAGGCUACGACAGAAGACAGGAGCCCGGGAUGGGUCCGGACGGUGCCAUGGGCCCGGGAGCAGCGCAGCCCAACAUGAUGCCUUCCAGUGCCGAUACAGGGAUGUACUCGCCAAACCGCUGCCCCCCACAGCAACAGCGACAUGAUUCCUAUGGUAAUCAGUACCCUGGCCAAGGAGCGCCCCCUGGUGGUCCUUACCCCAAUCAGCAGUCUGGAAUGUACCCACAACCGCAGGCAAGCUAUAAGCGCCCUGUGGAUGGGGGCUACGGACCCCCCGCGAAACGGCACGAAGGGGAGAUGUACAACGUCCCCUUCAGCGGGCAGCAGCAGGCCCCCCCGCCGGCCGCCCCCCCAGCCCAGCAGGACAUGUACAACCAGUACGGCACUGGCUACCCUAGCUCAGACCGCCGGCCCGCCGGUCCGCAGGGUCAGUUCCCCUUCAGCUUCGGCAGGGACCGGGCGCAGGGCACGGGGGCCCACAACGCCCAGUCCUCCAUGCCCCCGCAGAUGAUGGGCAGCCCCAUGCAGUCUACCCCGGACGGGCCCCAGGGGGGCAUGUGGCAGGGGCGCAACGAGAUGGGCUACCCGGGCUACCCCAACCGGCAGGGCCCCGGGGUGCCCGCUCAGGGGCCAGCCUACCACAGCAUGAGCCGCUCUGAUGAUAUGAUGCCCGCCGACCAGCGCAUGAACCACGAGGGCCCCUGGCCAGGCCACCUCAACCAGCGGCAGCCGCCGUACGGCCCGGCGGGUCCCGUGCCGCCCAUGACCCGGCCCCUGCAGCCCAGCUACCAGUCGCCACAGGCCAUGCAGAACCACAUUCCGCAGGUGUCCAGCCCCUCGCCCAUGCCCCGCCCGAUGGAGAGCCGCACGUCGCCCAGCAAGUCGCCCUACAUGCACUCGGGCAUCAAGAUGCAGAAGGCGGGGCCGCCCGUGCCCGCCUCGCACAUCACCGCGGCGCCCGUGCAGCCUCCCCUGAUCCGCCGCGACGUGGCCUUCCCCCCGGGCUCUGUCGAGGCCACCCAGCCCGUCCUCAAGCCCCGCCGCCGCCUCACCAUGAAGGACAUCGGAACUCCCGAGGCCUGGAGAGUGAUGAUGUCCCUGAAGUCGGGUCUGCUGGCUGAGAGCACCUGGGCUUUGGACACCAUCAACAUCCUGCUGUACGACGACAGUAGCAUUUCUACCUUCAGUCUUUGCCAGCUGCCGGGCUUCCUGGAGCUGGUGGUGGAGUACUUCCGCCGCUGCCUCAUCGAGAUUUUCGGCAUCCUGAAGGAGUACGAGGUGGGCGACCUGGGCCAGAGGACCCUGCUGGAUCCCAACGCCCUGGAGCGGGAGGAGUCGGACGAGGAGGAGCCGGAGGAGCAGCUGCCGGAGGAUAUGGAGGACGAGGACGAGGAGGAGGAAGAGGAGGACGACCGGAGCGAGGGGUCCGAGCAGCAGCAGCGGACCCCGGCGGAGGCCAAGAGGGAGGGCGGCGAGCGUUCGCAGGGCGAGGUCGCAGGGGAUGGUCCGGGGGCGGAGGAGGAGAGGGGGGCGGGGUCGGAGCCCGGCGCCACAGUAACGGCGGCCCCCUCCCAGGACCCCGGCACACCCCAGGAGAGGCCCAAGCAGGCCAGCAAGUUCGACAAACUCCCCAUCAAGGUGGUGCGGAGGAAGGCCCCCUUCGCGGCGGGCCGCUCGGGCAGGCCGGGCCGGCCGCAGGAGUUCGACAGCGGGCUGCUACACUGGAGCAUCGGCGGCGGCGACACCACCGAGCACAUCCAGACCCACUUCGAGAGCAAGAUGGACCUGACGCAGCUGCGGAAACGGGCGCCCGCCACCCCGCCCGGCAGGAAGAAGGCCGUGCCGGCGGACGCCGAGCCGGAGGACGCGGAGAAGAGCAAGGCGAAACCCGGGGAGGACGCGAGCGCGCUCCCCAACCCCGCCGCCGAGAGGACCGGCGCCGCUGCCAGCAUCACGGCCACCAUCGACGACGUGCUGUCCGCCCGCCCGGGCUCCGUCACCGAGGAGGCCGUGCGGGGCUCGUCCGAGGGCCACCAGGAGAACGGCAAGUUCCUCUUCAGCAUCAACCCGGCGCAGAGCCGGCGCAACAUCAAGAUCCUGGAGGACGAGCCGCACAGCAAGGACGAGGCCCCCCUCAGCACCCUGUCGGACUGGCAGGACUCGCUGGCCAGGCGCUGCGUGUGCGUCUCCAACAUCGUGCGCAGCCUCUCCUUCGUGCCGGGCAACGACCCCGAGAUGUCCAAGCACGCCGGCCUGCUGCUGCUGCUGGGCCGCCUCAUUCUGCUGCACCACCGGCACCCCGAGCGCAAGCAGGCGCCCCUCACCUACGAGAAGGAGGAGGAGGAGGAGCGGGGCGCGGCCGCGCACAGGGACGAGUGGUGGUGGGACUGCCUGGAGCUGCUACGCGAGAACAGCCUGGUCACCCUGGCCAACAUCUCGGGCCAGCUGGACCUCUCCAUCUACCCCGAGAGCAUCUGCCUCCCCCUGCUGGACGGCCUGCUGCACUGGGCCGUCUGCCCCUCGGCCGAGGCCCUGGACCCCUUCCCCACGCUGGGGGCCAACGGCUCGCUCUCCCCGCAGAGACUGGUCCUGGAGACCCUGAGCAAGCUGAGCAUCCAGGACAACAACGUGGACCUCAUCCUGGCCACGCCCCCCUUCAGCCGGCUGGAGAAGCUGUACGGCACACUGGUGCGCCUGGUGGGCGAGCGCAAGGUGCCCGUCUGCCGGGAGAUGGCGGUGGUGCUGCUGGCCAACCUGGCCCAGGGCGACAGCCUGGCGGCCCGCGCCAUCGCCGUGCAGAAGGGCAGCGUGGGAAACCUGCUGGGCUUCCUGGAGGACAGCCUAGCCGCCACGCAGUUCCAGCAGAGCCAGAGCUCCCUCUUGCACAUGCAGGGGGCGCACUUCGAGCCCACCAGCGUGGACAUGAUGCGGCGGGCGGCGCGCGCCCUGCACGCCAUGGCCAAGGUGGAGGAGAACCACUCGGAGUUCACGCUCUACGAGUCGCGGCUGCUGGACAUCUCCGUGUCCCCGCUCAUGAACUCGCUGGUGUCGCACGUCAUCUGCGAUGUACUGUAUCUGAUUGGCCAGUCAUGACAGCCGUUGGGGUGCGCCUCGGCCACUUUCCGUUCCCCCCCCCCACACACCCCCCUCUCCCCUUCCGUUUUCUUUGCGUGUCUGUUGUUGCGCGUGAGUGGAGAAAACUUAAAAGCAAAACUGACUGUUUUUGUCCUUUUUUUAAUUUAUGCAAAAAAAAAAGCCCACCUGGGAUUCCACUGUCUGCCCCUUUUCGCCCUGCUUCUCACUAAAGGAGGGAUGUGACGAAGGAGUGGCGGCUCUACGAAACGCACGACGUGGUGAAACUAAUAAAGACGAGCGGGUCGGCCUGGCCUUGGAGAGUGCGCUGCCUAGCGGGAAGGAAAUUUUUUAAUAAAAAAAUGAAAAAAAAAACAUACAAAAAAAAUAAAACAAAACUGUAACCAAAGUUGCUGUCUCGUUUACAGUGAGUUUGGGGGAUACAUGCGCCCUCUCUCUCCCUGGGGGGGAGGGGCUGUGUGGAGAAUACAAUUUUAUGGUUCAUAUUUGGAGGCUAUCCAGACUUCUGGACUCUUGUGUGGUAUAAUUGCUGUAACUUGGAUGCUCUAUAUUCUGCCCUACAAGAACCAGGUUAUCGGCUGUGAACAGAUGUCUUUAAAUGGGAGGCCUGUGCAGUAGAUUGUAGGACUUUUUCUGUACUGUACACCUUAAAACGAAACUGUAACCAUACUGUAAUAAUACUGUUUCACACUGAGAAACGCUGGCUCCACAGCAGAAUUGUAGUUUUUAAAAAAUGUUUUUAGUUACCGUUGAAGAGAGAAAAAAGGCUUUCCCCCCAAAGUAUUGUGGACCUACAACACCCCGACCUCUUCUCUUUAACCCUCGAUUGUAUGAAUUGACCCUUAAAGACAUCACCUCUUAGGACUGGUUCUCAACUUUAGAUGCGGCCUUGGCCGCAUUGUAUAUAUGACAUUGUACAUUACACUCUCUCUCUCUCUCUCGCUCGCUCUCACUCCUGUCUUCUGAAGCUCCUCACCCUUUUUAUCUUUAACCAAUGAGAAAUUACGACACAAGUCCACUUCCCUGCAUCGAGCCCCGCCCUGCAUCAAGCCCCGCCCCCAUGAUUAUUUAACCCCUCCUCCAGCGCCACCCCCUCCCUCCGCCCUGCCCCGCCGGUGAGACGCGCAGCCGAAGCUGUGUGCGUAGUUAGCUGCUGUCCCCCCGCCACUCAGGCACAUCAUAUUUUGGUUCCUUUCCAAUCAAGGUGUGGAGAACAAGACAAAAGAAACCUCUUCCAGGUUCAACUUCAGCUCCUUAUUCAACAAAGGAAAAUCCCGAUGAAGAAACACAGAUUGAAAUUUCUUUUUUU